AUGUUUGAAGAGGAAGACGAGGAUGCUUUUGAAAGUUUAUAUGAAAAUGGACACUGGAUUUGGAACGAUGAAGCAGAAAAAUUGCAAUUUAUUAGCGAUAUGCCAGUAAUGAUAGCAGACGACUACGAAUUACCAUCAACUGCUUUAACCAAUGUGGAGUUUAAAGAUGAUGUUGAUUUAAUAGAACAGCAACGAUUUCGAAAAUACAUGCAAAGAAAACCCGAAGAUGAUGACGUUGUAACGCUUCAAGACUUGAAAGACGUCGUGUUAUUCACCGCACCAACAUCGAUACUGUCUCCUGCGUUGAUAAACUUGUUACACUUGUCUACCACAGAACGUUUCCUGCGGGCUUUAAUAUUAUACAUUCAGUACUUCUUACAGAUCACAGAUGAAAUGAAUUAUCGCACGUUAGAAUUAGAAACGAAAAUACGAACCGAGAAUAGUGAUCAAAUCGAAUUGAAAUACCAGGAAGAUCUGGAAGAUUUACGACUUCUUGUCGCUAAAGAAUAUUGCAUCAUUAUUUUAGGAAAGGAUGCCCUGGCACCAUUUCAUCAUAUGGGUGUGGAUAAAAGACAGUCAUUAUCAAAAAAGGACUCUAUUUUAUAUGAAACUUUGCUACGUAUAUCGAUACAAAUUGUAUGGAUAGCACUCGGUAGAAAAUGCUAUAAUUAUAUAGAGCUAGAGGUCAACCGAAUAUUCAAAUCAGAGAUAUUCAAUACGGCAGAGCAUAAGUUGAAAUCAAAUUACUUCAAUAACAUAAUUCCUAGAGAGCGACGUGUGCUUCUUGGACACUGCUUGAAUCAAGGACAAAAAUUAAACACUGCAUCGCCAUUAAUUAACGAAGUUUUUUGCAAUCGUCAUAUGGACUUUCGUCACUUGGGACUCGGUGUUGUAAAAUAUUCAGGAUUAAGUCAACGACUUAUGAUCUUGGAAACAUUUCUAUGUGCACCUGAGACGAAAUUUCCCAAGUUAAAUCUAUCCCUAGGUAUUAUGGGUAUUUUUCGAUCACGCUUUGAUAUAAUGUUACAUGAAAUUAAAGCUGCUCCAACCAAUGCAAGCGCAUCUUUUAGUACUUCCAGGACCACUACACAUAGGACAUCUCGAAAUUCUAGAAAAAGUACAGUAUCAGCUGUUCCAGAAAAACUUAUUCCAGAUUUAUAUAUUCCUGAGAAGACUGAAUCACCGUAA